GUUGAGCCAUCAUUGUAACAUCAUCCCGAAGGCGCAGGAUUAGAGGCACAUCAAUAUGAAAUUGAUGUUGAUAACCGCUUUUGUAGCGGUCUGCGGUGCUGCAAAGUUAGACCGCACUUACCUCCCACCUCCAUCAGCGAAAACUGCCGGAGGUUCCGCAGGGUCCCUACAGACACCAUUCGCUGGGAACUCUCUUCAUCAAGGCAACGGUGGAUUUCCCAAAGGCAGUUUCACGAAUGAAUUUCAAGGAGUAGUAGUGGAGGCUGCAGCGGCCGGAACCCGAGCCACUGAAGGAGAAACAGGCUUAGGAGCGCCCAGAAUAUCAUAUGGCUCAACGAAUUCCAAAGUGGGUGAUGCUGCGUUCAGAGGAAAUGCCGCAUUCAGGUUACCCUCUGCUGCUGACGUAGGAAACUUAGACUCGGAUGUUCAAGCGGCUAACACCAGAGUAUCUGGAGUACCUCAGGGUUUCUCUAAUCCUCAAGCUUUCGAAGCCAAACCGGAGAGAGCUCAGGCUUCCUACGACCGUGCCGCUAACACUCUUCGCUUUGAAAACGAAGUUGGCACUGACAACUAUCAUUUUGCAUUUGAAACUGAUAAUGGUAUAUCAGCUGAGGAGAAUGGCGUAGCUGCUGAUGGUGUGCAAGCUCAGGGAGGCUUUUCCUACACUGGUGAUGAUGGCCAAGUAUACAGUGUGACAUAUACCGCUGACGAGGGUGGGUACCAGCCUAAAGGUGACCAUUUACCCACGCCACCGCCGAUUCCCGAGGAAAUUUUGAAGUCUUUGGAACAGAAUGCCAGAGACGAAGCAGCUGGACUUGUUGAUGAUGGCACAUACGACGCACAGAAAUACAAUGCUGGAGCCGAUUACUCGGAAAGUGACAUCGCUGGUGAAGAACAAAACGUGAAUCAAGCGCCUAGUUUUGGCAGACGACCUGUAUCUGACGCAACAGCUAGUGGUUCUUUUAUUAAUCAAAACAAUCAAGCUUUUGUACGGCCAAACUCCAACGGGCAAUCGGGACAAAAAGAUGAAGCAUCAGAUACUCAGUUUUCUUCAAAUAAUAAUUUCAGUCCUUCUAAAACUGCCAAUGAUUUUGGCUCAGUUAUGCAAACCAAUGGCUUGCAGUCUAAUGGGUUUGGAUCUAAAAACGAGUACAGGCCAGCUAUUCAAGGCUUGAAGCAGAACGAAAGAACUCAACGACCAGUUGCUUCUGCAGUUAAUGAUAAUCAACAAUCAAAUGAAGCAUCGGAAAGUGGUUCCCGAUUUUCGACACCUCAAGAAUCUCAGUCAUCUCUGCCGUUUGGAACACCGAACCGUAACACAUUUAAUACACAAAGCUUUUCAGCUAGUGAAAAACCGUCAAGAGGUAACGGAUUUGAAUCACAAGGAAAUUCUCAAUCCUCUACAACUACAUUUGACAUGAAUGCAGGCAAUCGAUUUGCUUCUAGAAAUGAAUACUUACCACCAAUGCGAGUUCAGUCUAUUGGGGCACAGAAGCAAUCUCUUCCUUCAGUUUCUAAACCUCAAAAACCUUUGAAUCAGAUAUCUGGAUCUGGCAAUUUCGAAGCAGCUGGCCAACCCUCGAUUGAUUUUGUACCAGAUACUUCUUCGGGAUCCAACGAAAAUGUCCAAGUACCGCAAUCAUUCAACACUUUUCAACAAAAACCUCAAGAAUUUCAACCUAAACCUCAAGGCUCAAGCAACCAGUUUUCAUCUCAAAACCGUUUUCCAGUUCAGAAAGAAAAGUUACCGGAAGAUAAAGAAACUGCUACUACAUCAUUAGAAUCUCAGCGUCCUACUUCCGUUCCAAGUAUUGAGCUGACUACGCCUCUGGAAUCAAGUCAAUCUAAUGCUCCUACAAAUGUACCCGCUGAUCGUAUUCCAUCUUCAGCAAAUAUGUUUAAUCCCCAAAAUAUUAAUGUUCGCCCUUCUACACAGUUUGGAAACCAACUAACCAACAACCGACAACCAGCGCGGCCUAGUUCUAAUACUCAAUCUCAAGUUUCGAGUAAUGGUUUCCCUGCUCGUGGCCAAAACCAAUACCCAUCUUCUCCAUCUGCAUCCGAUAAGCAACAACUUCUCCAGAAUGAAGUUAGCCAAAAUCAGCCUACCGAUUCGCAGUACUCGCCAAGCACUGUCAGACCAUCUUUUAAUCAGCAAGCGCAAGCAGUAGACAACUCAUAUUAUUACAGGCAACCUGCAAAACCUUUUAACAAUCCAGCGUCUAAUUCUAGAUUUCCAAGUUCGUCAUUUGGUCAGUUUAAUGGAGUAGCCCAGCAAUCUCAACCUCAGUUUCCAGGAAACUAUCAGGAAAAUUUCCCCGCGAAUUCUUUCCAAGCACAAAGAGGACAGACAAACCGUGGAAGUACUCGGUACCCAGAACCACCUACGUUAGCAUCUGUUGCUCCCACCACCUCGUUUAAUCAACAGUUCCAAGGAAGUACCACCUCAUCUCAAAACAAUGGAAUAACUCAGGCCUCUGCAAGUCCUUUCAGACCACAGAGUGGACAGGCUUCGUCUAGAAACCCUAGGCCUCCAACGCUUGCACCCAUUGCACCUACCGCUCCUUUAGGAUUCUCUGCCCAAAACAAUGGUAUGAUCCAAACGUCUGCCUCUGCGUUCUCUGGAGCUGCUCCAACAACUGCAACUAAUUUCAAUGCUCCAACCUUUGGCUCAAAACCAUCGUUCCAGUCGCAAUAUAACCAGCAAAACCAAUUCCAACCAUCUUCCCCUAAUCAAUCAUUCGGUCAACGGCGCCCUCAAGAUACAUCGAAUAAAAGCCAGCAAGAUAAUUCACAAGCUACCCCAACUCAACAAUACUCUGGUGAAAUCUAUGAUUACACCAAACCAUCUGAAAGGCUUCCUGCUCCGUCCAAGCCGGAAUCAACUUCUAGUCCGCAACGAGGACAAACUCAGCCUCAAUUUGGCCAAGCUCAAGAAAAUCGUAAUAUGCAAGAACUGAAUAUCCAGCAGCCUACUCGUCCUACCUUUGGCGCUAGGCCACAAUUCGGAUCACAGCGGCCUCAGUUCGCUCAGAGCACAUCAGUAAAUGCUGAUGCUCAAGUACAACCUGCUGAAGAUGCCAAACCCCAGUUCAAUGUUCCAUCUCGGCCUUACGGAUCUCAAGCUCAAUUUGGUCAAGCUCAAGAAAAUCGCAAUUUGCAAGAAUUAAAUACACAGCAGCCUAAUCGUCCUAGCUUCGGAACUAGACCACAAUUUGGAUCACAGCGGCCUCAGUUUGCUCAGAGCACAUCAGUAAAUGCUGAAGCUCAAAUUCAACCUGCCGAAGAUUCCAAGCCCCAGUUUAAUGUUCCAUCUCGACUUAAUGGACAGGAACAGUUCCAAAGACCGCAAACGCCUGUGAAAUCUCAAUUUGGUCAGAAUAAUGGAAGACCAAACAAUUGCUGUCAAUCGUUUAAUGCCCAAAUUUCGAAUCAAGAAGCUCAACGGCCAGAAAAUAGUAACCAGGGUCCGAUCAGGUCUCAGUUUGCUCAACCAGAAUCUCAGUUCCCUGGAUCAGUUUCACAGGGUUCCAGUCAGUUUUCUGGCAAAGGCGAGGUGUUCGGUGGACCAAGAAAGCCACCAAGUUUCGACCAAGAAACCGGCUACCAUUACUAACGCUAGUGCCAUAGAUGUAAAACUUACAAUGUGAUUUAUGUUUGCGAUAAGAAGAAAAGUGAUAAAACAUUGUCGUUAAUAUAAAGGGAUGGAUUUAAUUUAUACAUUUUGUAAAUUUAAUAGGAUAAAUGUAUGUAUUAUGUAUUAAAUACAUAUUUAAAUGAGCGAAAGCAUGUAGAAGGACAGAAACAAAUGUAACAUGUUUAAAUAAAUUAUUUUGUAAAUAUUAAUUAUGCGACUAUUUAUUACCACUUGCAUCGAACGUUAAGUAAAAC